UAAUAUGUUGCACGAUGUGCUAUUGUUUUAUUUGUAAGACUUCGGGUUACUGAGAAGUAAAUAUGAGUACUUUUUCUUUUCUCUAUCUUGGCAGUUAUGUUUAGGAUGCCGUUGCCCAUGAAUGUCAUUGGCGCAAGGAUAAUGUGGAAUGGCAGUUUCAUAGAAGCCCACUGUCAGAGGGUCUUGAAACAUUGCAGGCUUUAUUUGCACACAGAUUUUCAUAGUAAACGAUUCUACACUCCACGAAGAGCUAUUCUGUAUGUACCAGGAGAUGAUGAACGGAAAAUUAGAAAAGCACUUUCCCUAAAAGUGGACUGCAUAGCAUUGGAUUGUGAGGAUGGAGUUGCAUCUAAUAGAAAGAAUGUUGCUAGGUCUACAAUAAGGCACUUCUUGGAUAAAGAAUGUGUAUCACAACAGUUCCCAGAGUGGACAGUAAGAGUAAAUUCAGUAGACAGUGGGAUGUGUGAAGAAGAUUUAAGAGCAAUUUUGACAGGACCGCAAAAGCCACCAACAUUACUGCUUCCAAAAGUGGAUUGCAUUAAACAGCUGCAAUGGUUUGCAGACAAACUAAGCGUAAUCAUAGGAGAUGAGAGGAAUAAAAUAAAGAUGAACUUAAUCUUAUUUAUUGAAUCAGCCAAAGGAAUAAUGGACUUACCCAAAAUAUGUCAAAAAUCUAUUGAACUGGCUGAAAAGUCAUGUUUUUUACCUGUUGCAUUGAUCAUUGGAAGUGAUGACUUGUGCGCUGAUCUUGGUAUUUCACGAUCAGAUGAUGGUUACGAAAUACUGUAUGCUCGCCAGAGGCUUGUGUUAAUAGCAAAAGCUUUCAGCUUUCAAGCAGUUGAUAUGGUUGACAUUAAUUAUAAAGAUCUGCCUGCUUUGAAGAAACAUUCUAUAGCAGGAGCAAGAAUGGGUUUCACAGGAAAGCAGGUUAUACAUCCCAAUCAAGUGCGUAUAGUGCAAGAUGCCUUUUCACCUACACCAGAAAAAGUACAGUGGGCAACUGAUCUUAUUGCUGCCUUCAAUGAACAUCAGCUCAAAGGGAAAGGAGCUUUUGUCUACAAGGACUCCAUGAUUGACAUGCCUCUUCUUCGCCAAGCCCAACAUAUUAUACAGCUAGCAAAAAUGGACAAACAUAAUAUGCAACAAUGAACAAGAUACAGUGCCAGUCACAUAUCAUUAACAGCAAAGAAAGAGUAAAAAAUAAGGAUAUGUUUGGAAUUUACUUCAACUAUGAUUUCUCUCAACAAACUACUAUGCUUCGAAAGAUGAUAUAUCAACGAAAAUGUUUAACAGAAUUGAAGACAUAAGAUUAUGAAAACUGGGCUCUAGUAUUCCUAGACUGAAUCUCAUAAUGUACAAAGAGUAUUAACCAUGUAGUAGACAACCAUUAUCAAGCGAAAGAUGUGUUGAGGUUUCUUUUUGCAAGAUCAGUUAGAUUUGCUUACUAUCCAUCACUCAGUCUUAGUGUGGCAUACAAAGGAGUGAUAUAAUGUAAUAGGAUAGAUAUAAAAUCUACUCACAGUGUGGCAGCAGGAGAACACACAUAUACAACGUAUAAAUGUUUGCACACUUUCGUAGUUAGGGGAUCCAUCUGGCAGAAGAGUUGUAGGAAAAGGAAGAGUGGUGAAGAAAAAGGACUGGUGAGGUUUAGAAAAGGGGUAAUUUGGAAAAGUUGCUCAGAAUCCAGGGUAGAUUUACUAGAUGGGAUGACAAGGAAGAGUAGAUUUUUCUCUCUCCAGUUACAUUAUAUUUUCAAAAAUUGAUUAUUUUAUAUGCAAAAGAGUGAUGUAUUCUGCAAUCAAAAUUUUUGAUCCCUUACAUAGCAGUGAAAAGAGUUUAACACACAUUAAAAUUUGCUUCAAACACAUAAAUCAAUGUCUAUACAAAUAAAACAGUAUGGCAAUCAUGUAAAUGGAGGCAAAUUUCCAAAUUUUUCAGUAAAUUGUAAAACUGACUCAUUCCACAUCAUAGUGAGAUCUAUGGAGCUUGCAAAACUGACUAUUGCACAAAAUACAGUGUAUUUCAAAAGGAUUACGCCCAUCUCACAAGUCAAUAUAUUCACAUGAAUAAAGAUAGAAAUUUGGGUCAGAAUUUUAGUUUGGCAACAGCCAUGUUCACAUGGUCACGAUACCACCAGCCAGCUCGCUCGCUACAGGAAAUGCAUACCUGGAUAUUUUUGAGAUCAGGCGUUUUGCACAGUUGUGAGAACAUGCUAAAAAUUUGGUUUUUCAACAAAAUCAAUGCACUGGUAUACGAUGUAAGAGCACUUUUUAAUGAUGAGCUGCCUGUGUGAUGGAUGGGCCGUAAUGGGCAUAUGAAUUUUGCAUUUCACUUUUGGCCUCCAAGGUCACUUUAUCACACAGUAUGUGAUUUCU